CUCUAAAAAGAUCUCGCUGUUCUGAUAUCGUGAGAGUUCACAUUGCGGACCUCUGUCAGCUUUUCUAUUACCUACUAUAAACCUAAAGCUCCGCUGAUUUGUAUGUUCUAUACCACUUUCAUCUCUGUGCGUCCAGUGAAAACACUAAUUUCUGCCUUCCGAGUUCACCUCUCUGCCGUAUUGAGCCUUCGAGAGUUCCGCGAUCUUCCAUUCGUUGUCUUCUGCUUUAAUUUUCCGUUUCAUUUGCGAUCGAGACGCUUUUCUAAGAUGUCGAGCACGGCUUCACAGUCGGUUCAAUCCGUCCACGAUUUCACUGUGAAAGAUGCUCGUGGAGAAGACGUAGACCUUAGUGUUUACAAGGGCAAGGUUCUGCUCAUUGUAAAUGUUGCUUCUCAAUGCGGGUUAACCAACUCAAAUUAUACCGAGAUGAGUCAGUUGUAUGAGAAAUACAAGGAUAAAGGUCUAGAGAUAUUGGCUUUCCCAUGCAACCAGUUUGGAGGUGAAGAGCCAGGUAGCAAUGAGGAGAUUGUUGAAUUCGCUUGCACACGCUUCAAAGCAGAGUACCCUAUCUUCGACAAGGUGGAUGUAAAUGGACAAAACGCUGCCCCCAUCUACAAGUUCCUCAAGUCAAGCAAAGGUGGGCUUUUUGGGGACAGCAUCAAGUGGAACUUCUCCAAGUUUCUAGUGGAUAAAGAGGGUCGUGUUGUCGAUCGCUAUGCUCCCACCACCUCUCCCCUGAGCAUCGAGAAGGAUAUCAAUAAGCUUUUGGAGACUUCUUAGGCGCUGGACACGCGAACCUUAAAUAAAGUGUUUCUAUGGGGGGCUAUAUAUCUUGAUAAAGUUUGAUGAUAUUCUGUUUUAGAGUGUUUAACAGCAUUAGCUACAGUAAUAAGGCGCCAGUUAUGAUGUUAUAUAUCUGGUCCACAUGGACAUUAUCUUUGUAAACCUUUUAUUAUGCUCGCAAUACAUACAUUUAUGAAUUUAUAAAUCGCAUUCGGUAUCAAUUAGUACUACUGUUGAUGUUAGGAGUUGCAAGAGAUCCUUGUGAUCAGAUCAGCUCCAAAUGAUUGAAGACCAUCAACCAAAUUUAAACCAACUAUACUAUUAAUUAGUGUGUGUUGAUUAAAUUUCUUUUCUUAUGAAGCCUGUAUAACUUUGUCGUUUUCACCCGCUAUGGCUUAUUAUCAUUUUGAUCA